CGCUGAGCGAGAGCGAGGGCACUUGGGAGAGAGCUCGUCCCGCGGCGGUUGAUUAGUUAGGCCUCCGAAAGAUGGCGUCCUCGGAGCAGGCUGAGCAGCCGAACCAGCCAAGCUCCACCCCAGGGAGUGAAAAUGUGGUGCCCCGAGAGCCGCUGAUUGCCACAGCAGUGAAGUUUCUACAGAAUUCCCGGGUCCGUCAGAGUCCGCUUGCAACCAGGAGAGCGUUUCUUAAGAAGAAAGGGCUGACAGAUGAAGAGAUUGAUCUGGCUUUCCAGCAGUCGGGCACUGCUGCUGAUGAGCCUUCAUCCUUGGGCCCUGUCACACAGGUGGUUCCUGUCCAGCCCCCUCACCUCAUAUCACAGCCAUACAGCUCUGGAGGCUCCCGAUGGCGAGAUUACGGUGCCUUGGCCAUCAUCAUGGCAGGAAUUGCAUUUGGCUUUCACCAGUUCUACAAGAAGUACCUGCUGCCCCUCAUCCUGGGCGGCCGCGAGGACAGGAAGCAGCUGGAGAGGAUGGCGGCGAGCCUCUCGGAGCUGAGUGGCAGCGUGGCCCAGACAGUGACUCAGGUACAGACGACACUGGCCUCUGUCCAGGAGCUGCUGAGGCAGCAACAACAGAAGGUCCAGGAACUGGCCCAUGAGCUGGCCACCGCUAAGGCCACCACAUCUACCAACUGGAUCCUGGAGUCACAGAAUAUCAAUGAACUCAAGUCGGAAAUUAACUCCUUGAAGGGGCUUCUUUUAAAUCGGAGACAGUUCCCACCGUCCCCGUCAGCGCCGAAGAUCCCAUCCUGGCAGAUCCCGGUGAAGUCGCCCUCCCCCUCCAGCCCGGCCGCUGUGAACCACCACAGCAGCAGUGACAUCUCCCCGGUCAGCAACGAGUCCUCCGCCUCCUCCCCUGGGAAGGAGAGCCACAGCCCUGAGGGCUCCACAGCCACCUACCACCUGCUGGGUCCCCAGGAAGAAGGCGAGGGGCUGGUGGACGUGAAGGGCCAGGUGAGGAUGGAGGUGCAGGGUGAGGAGGAGAAGAGGGAGGACAAGGAGGACGAGGAGGACGAGGAGGAUGACGACGUGAGCCAUGUGGAUGAGGAGGACGUCCUGGGGGUGCAGAGGGAGGACCGGCGGGGUGGGGACGGGCAGAUCAAUGAGCAGGUGGAGAAGCUACGGCGGCCGGAGGGCGCCAGUAAUGAGAAUGAGCGGGACUAGGCCCGCAUGGCAGCCGCACCGCCUCUCCAGCGCCCGGCCCCCCUGGGCCCGUGGGGGCUUUGGGCUCUGGCCCGGCCUCCUCCUCUGGCUCUGAGAGGGCCAGGCACUGAGCAGCCUUCAGUUGUGGCAGUGUGGGGGGCCGUGUUUCUGUCCACCAGCCUCCUCUUACCCCAACCUCAGCCCUCCCCUGCCGCUCCUCAGCCCAGCUCCAGCCCCCGGGCGGGCUGGGGCGGGCCGGGCCUAGCUGCCGAGCCUCAGCACCACGGCUCUUGCGCCACUCCCCCUGGACAGGUAUCCUGUCCAGGUGUGUCUGCUGAGUGUCUGGACGAGCGUGACGUCAUGCAUGGCUAGGGCUCCUGUCCUCACCUGCCUCCCGGGGGCGGAGCUGCGGUCCCCUGGUCCCCGCCACCCCAUCCCGGCCCCCCCGCUGUCCCUUUCCAGGGCCUGUUGGGGGCCCAGUCGCCCCUCAGCCAGGUCCUGCCUGCCUGGCAGAUGCUGCCCUCAGGCGCCUGUUCCCACCCAUCCCACCUGCUCUGCCCUGUCAACAAAUGAAGCCACGCCACGCCGCGCUCGCUCCCGACCAUCCUCGCUUGCCGCGUCGGGCCAGCCCGUCCCGGGGGAGAUGUGAUUCCCCCGGCAGCAGGGCCUUGCUGACCCACAGCCACGUCUGUCCUUGCCCCGAAAACCACAUGCUCAUUUGUGUGAUCAUGUAUAGAUUAUGACUGUAUAUAAUUGUAAUAAAUACGAGUUGCCACUAUUUAA